CGCUCGCAUGCAGAUGUUGGCGGCUGGCACUGCGGUGACCUCUGACCCCGCCCACAGGACGCGGACGUGGUAGAGGACUGGGGCUGUGAUUCACCGCACAGACUCAACUUUCCACCGGUUACCUGCUGCCGGAGGUCCGACAGUAAGCAGAGCUUCCACCGGGAGACAGAGACCGUCCUCCCGCCUCCGGUUCUCCGGUCCUCCGGUCCUCACGAACUUCAUGUGAAAAACUGAUGUUUUAAAGCUUCGCUGAGAUGAAACAUCUGAUCCUUUAAAACUACAAACUCUGACUGAAUCAAACCGGCAACCGGCAGGUUUCCCACCGGUCAGUCUGUCUUCUAUUAAUCUUCCUGUCGCCAUGGCGGCCAAAACCAAAUGGGGCGCGGUGAAGGACCGUGUGACCGCAAGCCCCGCCCACGACCCCGACGCCACGCUGGAGGCGAAUCUGGAGAACGCCGACCCCGAACUCUGCAUCCGCCUGCUGCAGGUUCCCAGCGUGGUGAACUACUCGGGUCUGCGUCGGCGUCUGGAGGCCAGCGUUCAGUCCUGGAUGGUCCAGUUCCUGGAGCUGCGGGGUCUGGACCUGCUGAUGGAGGCGUUGGAGCGUCUGUCGGGCCGCGGCUGCGCCCGCAUCGCCGACGCUCUGCUGCAGCUCACCUGCGUCUCCUGCGUCCGAGCCGUCAUGAACUCGUCGGCCGGGCUGCACUUCAUCCUGGACAACGAGGGCUACGUCAGGAUCCUGAUCCAGGCUCUGGACACGUCUAACGUCAUGGUGAAGAUGCAGGUGUUCGAGCUGCUGGCGGCUCUCGCUCUGUUUGACCCUCAGGGACGCCGCCUGGCGCUGGACGCCAUCGACCACUACAAGACUCUGAAGAAGCAGCAGUAUCGCUUCAGCGUGAUCAUGAACGAGCUGCACGCCACCGAUAACGUCCCGUACAUGGUGACGCUGAUGAGCGUGGUCAACGUGCUCGUGUUGGGACAAGACGACCUGAGGAAGAGGAGCCGACUGCGGCAGGAGUUCAUCGGACUGCAGCUGCUGGAUCUGCUGCCCCGACUGAGGGAGACGGAAGACGAGGACCUGAACAUCCAGUGUGAUGCGUUGGAGGACUCGCUGACGGAGGACGUGGAGGAGAUGGAGCGACUGUACGGAGGCAUCGACAUGAGCAGCCACCAGCAGGUCUUCACCUCGCUCUUCACCAAGGUGUCCAGCAGUCCGUCCUCCGUCCAGCUGCUGUCCAUCCUGCAGGCGUUGCUGCUGGUGGAUCCGGACCGGGCGGAGGUCUGGUCGGCUCUGGAGCUGCUGGCUGACAGAGCGACUCUGCUGGCUCAGGACCCUGCGGUCGAUUCUGCCGACCGUCUGCUGGAGAGGCUCCUCCCCCACAAGUCCAUCUCAGCCAAUCACAGGAUCCGAACCAUCGACAGGGCGGUACAGACUCGACUACCGGACAGUCCUCAUGGCCAAUCAGAGGCAGCGUCUUCUCAAGCUCCUCCUCCUCCUCCUCCUCCUCCUUUACCUAGUACGGGAGCUCCUCCUCCUCCUCCUCCUCCUCCUCCUUUACCUAGUACGGGAGCUCCUCCUCCUCCUCCUCCUCCUCCUCCUCCUCCCUUACCUGGUAUGGGAGCUCCUCCUCCUCCUCCUCCCUUACCUGGUAUGGGAGCUCCUCCUCCUCCUCCUCCCUUACCUGGUAUGGGAGCUCCUCCUCCUCCUCCUCCCUUACCUGGUAUGGGAGCUCCUCCUCCUCCUCCCCCUCCUCCAGGUGACAUCAUCGUAGCUCAGACGGUUCAGGGUCUGGGCAGGUCGUAUUACAGCCCUGCCCCCCUGGUAAGCCCCGCCCCCUGCCCCAGCCUCCGUAUGAAGAAGUUGAACUGGCAGAAACUCCCGUCCAGAGUUGUGACAGCCCAGCAGUCCAUGUGGACGUCUGCGUCUUCAGACUCAAUGGAACCAGAUUACUGCAGCAUCGAGCAGCUCUUCAGUCUUCCUCCAACUGAGACCAAGACCAGAACCAGAACCAAGACAGAACCCAAAGAGAUUUCCUUCAUCGAUGCGAAGAAAAGCCUCAACCUCAACAUCUUCCUCAAGCAGUUCAAAUGUUCUCAUGAGGACUUUGUGUCUCUGAUCCGGAGAGGAGACAGAUCCAAGUUCGAUGUGGAAGUCCUGAAACAGCUGAUCAAACUGCUGCCGGAGAAACACGAGGUAGAGAACCUGAAAUCCCACCAGGCAGACAGGGACAAGAUGGCGUCAGUGGACCAGUUCUACCUGCUGCUGCUGGAUGUUCCCAGUUACUCUCUGAGGGUCGAGUGCAUGUUGCUGUGUGAGGAAAGCAGCUGUUUGUUGGAGACUCUGAGACCCAAAGUUGAUCUGCUGGACCGAGCCUGCCAGAGUGUGAGGGAGAGCUCUCGGCUGCCGAGCUUCUGUAAACUCAUCCUGGAUGUUGGAAACUUUCUCAACUAUGGGACUCACACAGGGAACGCUGAGGGUUUUAAGAUCAGUACUCUGCUCAAACUGACAGAAACAAAAGCCAACAAGUCCAGAAUCACCCUGCUGCACCACAUCCUGGAGGAGGCGGAGCAGAACCACCCCGACCUGCUGAACCUGCCGGAUGAUCUGGAGAUCUGUGAAAAGGCUGCUGGGGUGAACGCGGAGUCGAUUCAGUCUGAAGUCAAAAGUCUGAACAAACAGCUGAAGAACUCUGAGAAGAAACUUUCAUGUGCAGCCGACGACCUGAAGGAGCAGUACCUGUCUGCCAUCCAGAACAGCCUGGCGUCCUGUGAGCAGCUGCAGCAGCUGUUGUCGUCGGUGGACGACAGGAGGACGGAGCUGUCGGCGUAUCUGUGUGAGGACAGCAGCAGCUUCUCUCUCGAUGAACUCUUCAGCACCAUCAAGACCUUCAGAGGACUUUUCCUCAAAGCCAUCAAGGACAAUGAGAGCAGGAGGCAGCAGGAGAAGAGGAGGAAGCAGCGGGAGGAGGAGAAGAAACACAAAGGAGACACCAAGACUGUCAGGACGAAUGUUUCCACUCAGGACGAAGGCUGCAUCAUCGACAACCUGCUGGCGGAGAUCAGGAAGGGCUACAACCUGAAGAAGACCAGACCCCGAGCUGAGAGAGGCAGCCUGCCCCCUGCUGGCGGGACGCGGGACGGCAGAGUCCAGGACGGGGACGGCAGAGUCCAGGACGGGGACGGCAGAGGUCACGGUGAGGACGGCAGAGGUCACGGUGAGGACGGCAGAGGUCACGGUGAGGACGGCAGAGGUCACGGCGAGGACGGCAGAGUCCAGGACGGGGACGGCAGAGUCCAGGACGGGGACGGCAGAGGUCACAGCGAGGACGGCAGAGUCCAGGACGGGGACGGCAGAGUCCAGGACGGGGACGGCAGAGGUCAUUGUGAGGACGGCAGAGGUCACGAUCAUCCCGGGAGGAUGGAGAGGUCGCUGGCUGUGGACGAGCCUGAUUCGUCUGUUUCCAGCCAAUCAGAGCAGCCUGCGGACCCUCCAGAGACAGUCCAGACCCCCGCGGAUCCACCGGCCGCUGACCAGAGCCAGACCACCGGAGACCAGGACCCUGAGGUGGACUCGUGUCCUCACUCAGAGACCAGAGACGGGGAGGAGGUCCAGCUCCAACCAGAGGAUUUAAACCAGAACAGGAACGAGGAGUCCACGUUUGAGGAGAUCACAUCAGUAGAAGUGAGAGCAAGCAGACAGGCUGAUGAUCCCGGCCCUGGUCCUGGUCCUGGUCCAGACCAGUCCAGGAUGAGUCCAGCAGCGUCUGUUUGCUCUGCAGGUGAAGACGUUCACGUCGGAUGCAAACCGUCUAAAAGAAAGAAAGGAUGCUCGUUGCACUGAGGUGAACGGAGGAGGAGGCUCGUUACCACGGCAACAGCAGCACUGACCCGGUGUGAAGAGGAACACAAAGGAGAGAAAACAUCCAGAAGAAGUUUGUUACUGAAACCAGAGAAGAUAUUCUGUAUUCCAGGGUGAUUGAUUGAUUGAUUGAUUUAUUGAUUGAUUGAUUGAUUGAUUGAUUGAUUGAUUGAUUUAUUGAUUGAUUGAUUGAUUGAUUGAUUGAUUGAUUGAUAAUCAGUUAAAUCAGCAGUUUACCUGAGAGAAGAGAUGCUGAAUCUUAAAGUCUUAAAGGUGUCAAACAUCUGUGCAGGUGUUGAACGUCUCAUGAAGAGUUACUGGUUUCCAUCCAACCUUCAUACUGGUCGGUUUGAGGUGAUACUGGUUGAACCUGCAGAGUCUCUUCACCUGUUUGUUAUUAUUUAUGUUGAGUUGUGACUUAUUAUUCAUCAUCAGUUUAUCAUUUAACUUCUGCACAUUAACACAUUAAACGAAGCCGAUCACAGAUCAAUAAUCUGAUCGAUGUUUGUUUCUCUGCAGGAUUUGUUAGAUUUUAGAACAUAAAGUUUUAUUUAAAAAGGUUUAAAAACAAAAAAAAGUUUUGAUCAUUUUUAAACUUGUGACUGUCAUGUUACCAUAGCAACAGCAUCACUACAAAUAUCCUCUAAAUGUUUCUGAAAGUUAUUGACGAGGAAGUUUUAUAUCUGAUCAAUAAAUAAACUGAAGAUCUCA